AUGCGAGAUCGCAUCGCGGCAGAGUCCGAAAUGCUCAUUUCUCUGGGCGCGAAUUCGGCAGGCACCCGACAAAAGCGCAGCUAUCAAUCCAGCCAAUGCCAACUGGAACCGAAGUGGCCCCAGAACAGCGACUCGCACGGGAUUAAGCAACCGCUGCUUAAUCCCGAUGGCCCGUGCACGCUCUGGCUGCCUGCCAGAGUCCUCGCUAUCCUCCUCGAUGAUGUCGCGCGCGUGCCCGACGCCGGCCCGGAAAGUGGAUCACAGUCGCUGGCUGCUGCGGCUAGCUGCAGACAAAACACACGUGGCUGGAAUAUUGUUGCGCAAUCGGGUCCAGUGUGGACGUGGACGACAUCCCGCGCACCCGUCGGGAGUCUUUUCGGCUAG